AUGACUGGUCCCAUAGAUACGGUGCUCCUCGGUUGGUCAUACCGGGAGGUAUUACCAUAUUUUAGGCUAAGCGAACAUAAUACUGAUCGGCAAUUGGUUGCCAAAAAUCCCGGUUAUCACGGAACUGGGGGUCCAUUGGCUGUCACAUCCUAUACUAAUCUAUCGGAACCGUUAGCUGUCUAUUAUCGGUCAGUUACGGGUUUAGGCUAUCCCAGUGUCGAUAUUAAUGGUAAAUAUCAGUCGGGUAUCGGUUUAGUUCAAUACAAUUGCGAUAGUCAUACAAAUCUAAGAUCAUCGACCAGUAAUGCCUAUUUGAURCCCAGUCARCCAAACCUACACGUUAUGUGCAAAGCGCACGUAACACGUGUACUGUUCAGGRGUAGGACAGCCRUWGGUGUYGAAUAUGUCAGAAAUGGCCGCAAAUAUCAGGUAUACGCCGAUAAUGAAGUGAUUAUCAGCGCCGGUGCYAUCGGAUCGCCAAAACUGCUWAUGCAGUCRGGWUUAGGACCGGCCAGACAUCUCCAGUCAYUGGRUAUUGAAGUGGUGGCCGACUUGCCCGCUGUCGGCUCCAACCUAAAAGAUCACUUGACUGUGCCGUUAUAUUUUGGCCUAAAAACCAKMAAACCAACACCGAAAUACAGGCGCCCGACCUAA